AUGCAACUAUUAGAUGAACAAAAAUAUGAUUUAACAAUAGAUUGAGUCUUUUUAUUUGAACUUCUCUCAGACUCCACACGAGAUCCAUUGAAUUUAAAAGUGCUUGAUACUGUAGUAUUUGACGUAAUUGACCCAUACCGGCCAUUGACCUGAAUUUUUACAAAUUUAAAAGGAGAACUAAUUAGCAAAAACAUAAGAGAUUUAAUGGUUGACGAUGUGAUUGUAGCUUUUAUGGAAAGCAUAUAUAAAAGCCAAGAACACUCGAAAAACGCAAAAAUCGUUAUAAUAAAUAAAGAAGGCAAGCGGAAUUUCGUGGGAAUGAAUUCGCUGUCCAAAAUAUUGACCAAUCACCCACAGGGUAUUCAUGCAUUGCAGCUUUUCCAAAUUCCAAAUAUAGAAUUUGAUAAAUGUGUGUAUUUGCAUGAAAUUUGGAACGAAAGAGGAGAGUAUAUGGAAAGGUAUUUUAAAAAGCAUAUUUUAGAUAAGAAGGACCAAUGUGAAGUUUAUAAUAAUGAAGAAGGGAUCCAAAAAAUUAAAACUAUGAGCAGAAUUAUUAUUGAAAGAGUAGAAACAAGUCAAUUGACUUUGAAAGGAAUUUUUCUCUUGUAUUAUUUAGAAAAAGAAACGCUUAACCCUUGACUAUGUGGGGCUGAAAAUUGUAGCUUUGUCAGAAAUCCUCUAAGAGCUAUCAGUAGGAGUCGAAAUAAAAGUGCAAACUGUUUAUUGCACAAAAGACAUAAAACAAAAGAUGCAACUCCUGAAAUUUUUCCGAUAAAAAAUAUUUUUUCGAGAUCCACAAGCAAUUUAAAACAGAAAAUUGAUGUUGCCUUUCCUACACAAAUCAAACAUAAACUAUUGAUUGAGAACAAUUUUCUAAGGCCAGUAGUUUCUCAGACAAUCAAAAAGCGCGAUGCAAGCCCCGAUGCCUCCCCUUUUUCGCAGCAGCUAGACUUUAGUCAGCUUAGCUAUUUUUCUAACGAAAAAGAAGAAGCAAAAAUUAUGAAAAAAAAUAAAUCGUUCACUUAUUUGCAGCCAAAUAGCAAUGCAUUUUCCGAAGCCAAAUUUGAUGAAAAAAUAGCGCAGAAAUAUAGUUAUCAGCUUCAUAUACAGCCUCAGCAUGGGAAUUUGAUAAAGCCACGGAUAAUGCAUGAAGUGCCUUGUCCAGGAGAAUUUUGUAAUGACGAAGCGGCCAAACUUCCUCACUCCCCCCCCUCCGUGAGUGAACAAAACCAAUAGAAAAAUUCGCUAUUUUUUUGCCCAAAAACCCACCCUCUGUGAGUGAACAAAAAUUUUUUAUGAAAAAAAAUUUGGAUAUAUAAGUGACAAUUAAUAUAAUGAAUCUAGAGCUGAUUCUGUUUAUUUUUAAACGAAUUGCUUUUUAAAACAUAAAUUUUAUAAAUUAAAUUAAUAUUUGCUUUCAAAUUUUCGCGAAUUAGGAUUUUUUUAAAUUUCCAAAAAAAAAUUUUAAUAAGAUUUAUAUAUAAAAAUUUUUUUAAAAAAAAAAUUAACCUCCAUGAGUGAACAAAAUUUUUUGUUCACUCACGGAGGGGGGGGGGAGUCAGCAUUUUUCUCCUUUAUUCAAAAAAUCCCAAAGGUUUUUGAUACCUCAAAAAUUUAUCCCGAGUAACGAAGAUAAAAUUAGCUUUCAAAACGCCAAGCUAAGGUCUUUGCCUAACUUUAAGAGCUCACUUUCAGAAAACUCUAUAGGAGAUUCAUUAAAGGAAGCAUUUAGAACAAAAAAGCUUGGGAAGGCAGCCCAAAAAGAAGUUGCAGUCUGUCUAAACUGCUAUCUAAAAUAUACAACUGGUAAAUAUAACAAAUAUUAG